AUGGAGCAAUUGCUGUCCUACCUGCCCCCCUUCGAGGGUCUACUGCCUAAGUGGCUUCUCUUCGUCUCCGUGGUUUCCGCCAUGAACAGUCUGCAAGCCUACACCUCCGCCGACUACACCUCCAAGCUCUACACUAAUGGCGCCACCCCCGUUGAACCACUUUCCGGUCGCCUUUUUGGUACUUGGACUUUCCUCUCUGCGGUAAUUCGCAUGACUGCCGCCUAUAACAUCGACUCGCCGGUCGCGUACGAUCUCGCCCUGUGGACCUACGGCAUUGCCCUGACACACUUUGUGGGAGAGCUUGUCUUUGGAAACGCCUCUCUGCGCGGUCGCUUCUUGAGCCCAUUGAUUGUGGCUUCAUCUUCCCUGGCUUGGAUGUUCACCCAGCGGGGGGCCUAUUUGGGUGUCUAA